CAGCGGCUACCGUCAUCGCUGCUGGAGUCCGACACUGAGCUGGGAGGUGAGCGGCCGGUCAACCACCUCUGCUGCGAUGGAUGCGUGUGCACGUAUUAGAGGAGUCCCAUUGAGGACGAGGGCGACAGUUCGGAAAGAGACGGUGCGUGACACCGGUGCGCAGUGUGUGAAGAGCCUCUUCAGGAACAGGAAGGAAUUAUGCAGUGUGGGCCUGGAGCUGCCAACCAGAGACGCUACAAGACUGACAGAGAUUCAUUUUGUGUGUCUGCCUGGUCAGUGUGAAGGAGAAGAUGUCACCCAGCUGGCUCUGUCAUCACUUCCAGCAGGACUGUGUGAGCUGCUCAGGUCCCUCCACGUUCACGGCCUGAAGAACGACGAGGUCCUGCUGCUCAAAGACUCCCGCAGGCUGGCAGACUACAAGGACGCCGGGCCACAGUGUUGGUUAAAGGCUGUUUGCGUGCUGAGGCAUAAUCCCAGCACUAGUGUCUACCCUCAGGCCAGUGUAGCAUCUUUGGUGGGCUUGCUGGGAUGCUACAUGGCAGGCGUCCGCUAUGCUCUGGAGCUUCAGGCUCUUCAGAGGGGCACAGCUGAGCCCAGUCAGCCUGAGGAGGACGACACCAACCAGUCGGUGUCAUCCAUCGAGGACGACUUUGUCACAGCCCUGGAGCAUCUGGAGGAGGAUGACACUGGAGACAAUCCCUCCACUUCCUUUCGCCAUUUUAAAAAGCGCGAUGUUGCAUCACAGACAGUCCCUGCCCACAAGAGGAAAAAGGAAUUAUCAGGCUCCCGUGUUAUCAUAGGCUCAUCUUCAAAGAAGUAUUCUGCCAAACAUAAAUCAGGUCCCGAAGUAUCUGUGACAGUACAGAGGUCAACAUCAGGCAUGGAAUCCCAGUGGACUUACUGCAGUCCUGGAGCUCGUCUCCCGUCGCCCUUGGUUCAUGUCAGUGAAUCGGAAGAGUCGGAUUGCUCCAGCCCCAGCCCAAUAAUUUUCCUAGAUGAGGUGGGGUACCAGAAAAGCCUGCUGGCAAAGCUGGACAUCCCCCAGGUGCCAGGGGGGCCCAGAGAGCGAGUGGAAGACUCAGACUCAGAGGUCAGUGAAUUCUUUGACAGCUUUGAUCAGUUUGAUGACCUGGAGGAACUGAGCUCUGAGAGCUGCACUCUCACGCUGCCUCUGGAUGGUAUCAGUGCCCCAACAACACAGAAAAAAUCAGAUUCUAGCUCCAGUGGGUCAGCAUGUAAAUAUAUUUCCAGGGGCUGCUCAACCAAGGGUAUGAAUCCUCAUCGCUUUGACCAGCCUACUCUCCCAGCCAAUGUCAAAAAACCUACUCCUCUGAAACCAGGCUCUCCUUACGCACCUCACUCUGAGGUUCCUGACUCCCCCCGACCAAUGCAGACCCCUUCUGACGAGAAUGGCGGUCCACUCUUCAGCCCUGUCAGCUCCUCGGCCUUCAGCCCUUUGGUGGACUCCGGUGGACCUCUGGAAUACUUCUGGAAGACAGAUGAAGAAGGACAGGACAGCUCGGAGCUACGUAAACCCCAGGGUCUCUGCUCGCUGUAUAAGACUUACUCAGACUUUGCCAACAGUCUUUCCAAAGAAAUUCUUGGAUCUGUGUGUGGCUACCAGUCUGCUGUUGACAUCAGUGACAACAAAAAUCUCAGCUGUGUCUGUCACAAGGAAUUCCAGAACCCUUCUGGCUUCGUGAUGAAGCUCUCAGAAAUACAAGAGACUGUAACAGUGGCCAAGCUAGAAAAGAAGUCCCAGUCUUUGAAAGAUGGUAUUCAAAGGUUUGCAACUGACCUGGUGGAAAUAAGCUUGGGAAGCGCCUUAAGAGAUAUUCAGAAAGGUGUUUCUUCUUGCACCACCACCUUGUGUCACCUCGCUGCCAGGCUCACGUCCUCUGUGUUCCAAAUGGCCUUCCAUGAGAUAGGCAUGCGCCACGCUUAUGUGUUGAAAGAACGGGCUAUCAAUGGAUUAGCCGGUUUUCUGGUUGGAGAGGCUGUGUCUGGGGCACUGAAGGAGUUCUUGACAGUGAAAAAGCAGAUUUUCCACAACACAGUUACACGUUUUGCUGCUGAUCUGGCUGAAGAGCUGGUGUUUGAAGGCAUAAUGGAGGUGUGUCAGUUCUCCCAUCCUUCGACCCCUCGCACCCCAAGUGAUUGGUCCUUUGGCCAGGGGCAAGAAGAAGAGGAAGAGGAGGCGGUUGUUUCCUCAUACGCCUCAGACUUGUCUGAGUCUGUUAUUCAGGAGGCCUUUAUAGAGCUCUCUCAAGCUGAUGUUGCCUUCACUAGCCAAGCAGCUAUUAGUGUGUCUCUGGACAAUGUCUGUUACGUCAAUGCAGAGAACAAUAGCACUCUCACUAGUAGCACCUUUACUAACCAGCAGGUGUUAAGUUCUAGCUCUGCAGGAACCUCAGGAGAGGAUGCUUCAUGCACAGUGAAGAAAGCCCUGUUCACUGUAUCAGGCAUGGCCAGCUGUAUUCCUGUGCCUCAGGCAGGCCAAGCCCUCAACCAACUCCAGGACCCUGAGGAGAUCUGUCAGUAUACGUCUAGCUUGUCUGAUACCCAACAAUCGAGCCACACAAGGGUCACUGUAUCUUCCUCUGACACAGCUACAUUCACUCAAACUAACCUUUACAGUCAUGGAACUCAAACCCCCAUUCCUGGAGGGGACCCCUCCCAAGGAAAGUCCAACUUCCAAAACUUCUCUGGCAACAUGGUGGAUAUGAUAGUGACUGAGGCCUGCGAACUAAUAACUUCCUCUAAAAUGAAAAAAAGUUUUGGUGAAUGUGCAGAUUUUUUCACAAAGACAAUGGGAAGCCGACGGGACUCUGCCUCUAAACAUGAAAACAUUAGUUAUGAGGAGCCAGAUUCCCCUCCAAAUCAGGGAGUUGCAAGGGAGGGUUUUAGCUUUGACUGCAGAGAUUCUGGGAAUGUUCGGAAAGGAGUGCCUGUUGACCAAGUAGCAGACCUAAGCGUUCCUCACAUUUCCUUUCAGACAGGCUGUCAAAGUCAGGGGAGAGUCAGCUGUGAGUAUAACCCCAGAAGCAGAGGUGUGGCUGAAGCCCACCAUGUGCUGAUGGAUACUCUGGAUGUACCGGGUACAGAGAUGAUGGCACAAAGGAGGAUAUCAGUUCCUGUGGAUGACUCAGCUCCCAGUUCCGGUCAAAAAUCCGGUGGGACUCCUGGCCCUCCUCCUUCUACCCCUCAGCAACCCAGUGAGGUGUCUAAGGAAAAACAGAUUAAACAGUUCUCUAAGAAGCUCAAAACUAAGCUGGCUAAGGAAUUUUCCCCUGCUACUCCACCGCCCACCCCUCACCAGCAGCUGGAGCCUGACCCUGGCCCAAAAGACAUCCCCCAUGAGGCAGACAAGGAUGAGUUCAUGCUCAAAUUGAUGAGGUCUCUCUCUGAGGAGGCAGAUGGAAAUGAGGAAGAAGAGGAGGAAGAAGUGGCAGAAGAGGUUGGUGUUGGCGGCGCUGACAGGACUUUAGAUAAAGAGCGUGGCCGUCAUGAACUAACCCAGUCGACUCGCAGAAUGUCCAACAAGGAAGCUCUUCACUACGCUGAGCGAUUGGCUUGUCACAUUGUCUCUAUGGCAACAGAGAUGGACAACCUGGAAGGGGCAGUGGAGGAUGGAGAAAUGAGUAAGGGCAGUGAGAGAAGGAGAGACAGUGUGGCACAGUUCUCAGAGCAGACCCUGAACACCUUGUGGGUAUAUGCAGGGGAGGUAGCAGGAGAGGUCAUUAAUGAUGUGAAGAGGAUGGUGAGCUCUGCACAGCAGUGUCCAUAUCACAGAACUCUCAGGAGACAUAGCUCUGACAGAUCUAACUCUGAAUGUUCUCAUCACCACCUCGGCCAUCUUUCUCCACCCAGUACUGACCAGAACAUAAACUCAAAGGUAGGAAGGCUGGCUGAGCAAUGGUCUAAUGACUUGAUAGCCUCAGUCUUGCGGUCUCCAACAUCCACUUCAAGCAUGAUCUCCAGCUCCAGCUCUGGCAUGUCCUCAGAGUAUCCUAGCUGUGAGAGUGUGACUGAUGAAUAUGCCGGCUACCUCAUCAGGGUACUGAAAAAGGAGGGAGGCAAUAGGGAGCUGGUCCUUGAUCAGUAUGCAAGUCGCUUGGCAUACCGUUCCAUUAAACUUGGCUUGGCUCAUGCAAGUCGCAAGGUCAAGAAGAGAUCUUCUACCAACCGCCUUCACUCCUCCCACUCCCUUCCAGAUGAAUGGAAAACUUCUAGUAGUGAGCCCUCGUUGACCAAAGAGAAAGUUGAGUCAGUCGUUCGUCCUUCAGGCGAGGACGCUCAGUGUAGUUGUAGCAACCCUGAAGAGAAGAGUCAGACGGAGUAUUCGGAUCUGGUCAACUUUGCAGAGUCUUUAGCGUACAACAUCACCUGUGAUGUCACACAUAAGCUGCAUCGUUCCUCUGUGCGACUGCCAAAGUCUCUCACUGACUCCUGUCUUUAUAAGAAAUCCAAACUUGAAGACAUGGCAGAGGAUCUCAUCAGGAACUCCUUCUCUUGUCCCCUAUUGUCCAAGGAGGGUAAAAGCAAGCAUCAUUAUCAUAGUACAGGAAGCCUGUAUGAUGGGGGCUAUAAGGGUCGGGUGAUGCAGGUUAUUGAGCAUUAUGCCAGGAAAAUAGUUGAUGACACUCUGCAGAUGAGCAUGGCCUCAGUUGGAUAUUCAUCCCGAGAGAAUCCAAUGACCCAAGGACAUGACCGACACUCCCACACCCAGAGGUUGUCUGAGGGACCAUCACUGGGGCAAGCCCAUGUGGAAAGGACAUGUCGGUAUUGCCUGAUCCACGAGUGCCCAUACUGCACCAAACCUUGCCGGCACCACCACCAGCCUGUGUUACAGAGGAGGAAAAGGGGGUCAGAACUCGAGGCAAGGGCUGAGCGUCUCUCUGGCUUGGAGAUUCCCAAGAUCCACAUUGACCUGGACCAUAGGGCGGCAUUUGCAGAGGGGAUGGUGUCCAUAGCAAUGGAGACUGCAAAACGUGAGCUUAGCAACACCAGCCUUAAUGCGGACAGUGGCAUCGGCCAUGAUGGAGCGAGCUUCGCUGAGAGCCUGACUGCUGAGAUCAUGACAUCAGCCCUGUCCAAUGUCUGCCAGACUGCCAACAACAGCUUUCCAGGCAGGGAAGCCACUGAGUCGUCGGUGUCCCAGCAGCUGAGUGUAGGAGAUGACAGUCUAGGCAGCUGGUCCAACCUGAGCUUUGAGGAUGAGCACCUGGACGACAACAGCAGCUUCCUCCACCUCAGUGACAGCAGCAAUGGGAACAGCAGUAGCUGGAGCAGUCUGGGCCUGGAGGGGGAGGCGUGUGAGGAGCGCAUGUCCUUCUCUCCCUCUGACAGUGACAACACAGAAGACAAGGAGGCGGAGGUCAAAGAGGAAUCCAGCGGGACUCUCUGUGUGGACCAGACUCAGGUGCACACUCCCAGGACGGCCCUGCUCAUAAUGAACUCGGAUUUCCUCGGACCUCGGCACGUGACCCUGGACCCCCAGCUCAGGAGCAUGCUGCAGUGGGUGGCAGCCUCCAUGGCCGACAUCCCCCUGAUCCAGCUGAGCCCUGAGAGAGAGCUGCAGCAGCUCCCGGCGGUCAUCCAGAGGCUUCGGGAGAGGAAGUGGAGGGUGGGAGAGUUGCUGCACACGCUGCUGCGUUACAGCGAGGACGGUCAGACACACAGUCAGUCCAGAGAGGAGGCACUGCAGGCGGGCAGAGAUCCUCACCGCACCCCGCUCUUCCAGUGGCUCCUGGAGCACAUCUAGGACCCCUCCUCUUCUCUCCUCAGUAUCAAACAGAGCUUUGCAAACUCCACAAGCCUCUAGAGGGCACCAUAUAAAGUCAUCUCGCUCUGAUGAAUGUGGGCGGUGUGCUUUGCAUUGCAUGCUGUGACCAAGAUUACUUCUGUUGUGUUUUAUUUUUAUUUUCCACCUUCUCUUUUGUUGUUGCAGUUUCUAUAAUUAAUCAGGAUGAUAUCAUUCGUGUUGAUUUAGUGAGUUGUCACUCCCGCCCGCCCACUCGUCUGUUUGAAGGCCGCACACCUUGCUGUCGUUGUGCUCGAGUUCCAGAAAGUAACGCAGAGAUGAUACAGAGAGGGAGAAAGAGAUCCACACCCCGUCUGUUCCAGACAGACAGAGACGCAGUGAGUCGAACGAGGGAGGGAGAGAGAGAUAGAGAGAGAGAGAAUGUGUUUUCUGUUAGGGAAUCCCCGUCGCCGUGCUGGGCGGGUGAUGUCAUAACAAACCCUCAGCUCACCUCCGUGGUGCCGUUUCCACAUGUUUAGAGACCAACUGUGCGCACACAUCAGCCGACAACACCCUCUUGUUAUCAGAGGGGAUCCAAGAUACGCUGUUACACAAUAACAUCCUCCCAUAGUAUUUGAUAACUGUAUUAAAACACUCUGCGUUUCAUUCAUAUCUGGUUCCAGUGAAGGUUUCUCUGGAGCGCUGAGCGAGUUAGUGCGGGUGUUACUGGACCGACCCAUAUGCUGCCAUACAGAUCGACAUAAUAUUGUUGAAGUUGACAACCAAUAUCUUCAGUAAAUUGCUGUUAUUUUGCAUCGAUGAUCAAAAGAAAAAGAAGCCAUUAUUCUGGCUUUAGAAUGAAAACUAGUGCUUCAUGACGUUGCCUCUUACCAGUGUCGGUAUUCCUGUUUUAUCGAACACUGUAUCUCCGCUUGCCUAGCCUCAAUCUCCUCGGUCGUCAAACUUAGUAAAAUAUUUAAAAAAAGGGUGAUGUUUACUCGGGUGCUCGGGAGAGAAAAAAAGUCUUUUUUUUUGAAGGUAGAGUUUGUUUUAAUCAAACGUGAAAUGCUGCUCAAAGCUGCGAAAGAAAAGCCAUGAAAGUUGGUUCAACGUUGCCAAAUGUAGCCGAAACAAGGUGACGCUGCUUGCCCUCGGGUCAUCUCUGUCAGUGGUCCAGUUUCUUUUGGGGGAAGAUCCAGUGACGCAGAUGGUGGAUCUUGUAGUAAUUAAAGACACCGCUCCAGUCUGCACCUCCAGAACCACAAACCAAACAAGCGUGUGCAUUGCUCAACCCUGGACUCACACAUUUUGUCAGACUCCCACACUCCUCAGUCACCUUGUGGAAUGAAGAGCUCCAGAAUACCACAACUUCCACACACACACUUCCACACAUACACACACACCUCGUCUGUUACUCACCAGCCCCUAUGUGUGUGUCUACGCGCACAGCACUACCAGCGACUUGCUGAGAUGCACUUUUUUGUGAUUUAUCAUGAGGAGAGACGGGCAUUUCCAGCCAUGAAUUUCCUCCCCUGUGAAUUUCCUCCCAGCAUGCACGUCCGGCUCUGCAGUCAUUUAACGUACAUGCACAUUAACCCCCCCCCCCACACACACACACACACACACACACACACACACACACACACACACACACACUCACACUCCUCCCUAAAUGUAUCCCAUCAUUGGGAUACAUUUUGGUGUUUCUGUUUAUUUAUUGCUUUGUUAAAUGAGGGACCUUUAGGAUGACGCGAUGCUGCAAGCUGCUCAGAUUUCUGUUAGCUCAGAACACUGUAAUAUACCACAGCCUCACAUCUCUUAUUAUAAUCUAUUAUCAAGUGUUGAUGGUGGUGUUCACCUGCAUGGCUUCAUCUUGAUUCAAGCUCUACAUUCUUCUUCAUCUCAAUGUAUUGGCCUUCACUAACUGACCCUUCAAAGAACCCCCCCCCCCCCCUCGGUCUGUCACUCUUCAGAGCCUGAGUCCAAAAACGGCUUUUUUUGUUUCAGAGGUCAGUGUCCAUGAUGCAAAAACACUCAGCAUCAGCUAGUUGCUGAAUGAAGUCCAGUUUUUAGAACAUUUCUCCCUCACUGACCAAUCGAAAUCGAGAAGGGAAGGGACUUUUAACUUAGUCUACAACACAGGUAAAUAUCAGGCAUCAGACACAUGAUUCCUUAACUUUUAAUUGAAUGACUGAAGCUGAAGAUAUUUUUUUUAAAUCGGCCAGUUUGUGUUCUACAAAUAAAAAUAUUGCAUUCAAAGACUUUUUGUUGGGGGGUAAGGGCAUUUUGUUAAACCUGCAAAGUGUCAUUAUUAAACAUUGCCUGAUUAAAAAGCUUGACGGACAGACGUAGCCGGAGGAGGGCGGGGCUUAGUGAAGGGUCAGUUAACCUCGCAGUUACUCGUCUGUAUCCACACUGCCUCUCAGUAUCGCUGCAGGAGCCUCACCUGUACCCGCUUCAUCUGCAGGCUCCACAGACAGUCACAUUAUAGUCCAGGUGUUCGUCCUGUAUGAUUUGUUUACACGCAAAAAUAAUAUAUAUAUCAGAAAAUCCACUAUUUUUUAAAAAAGUACUAAAGUUAAGCCUACUAUUGAGUGUGAUAGUAGAAAAGAAGACGGUGAAGUAUUAACCUGAGCGAUGUGAGAGGGAGCACAUAUCCUGGUUUACAUGAUGGGAAUGUAUUCAGGGUCCUGGACGGACAGAGAGAGCAUCACGUUGUACAAACUCUCUCCCAGUGAAUGUUAAGUCGUUCAUGUAGGAUGUUUUGUUUCACUCUCCGCUUCCCUCUUCAGGUUUUCUUUCUUUCUGUGUACUUUACAUUCCCGUGCAUCCUCAAUAACCUAUAGUGCUUUAUUGUUGUGUUAGUGAAGCUGAAAAAAACCCUCUCCAUGUAGAAGCAGAGACUGUAAAUCUGUUUUUUUGCUCUGCUUGUUCCCAGUGUGUGUGUUUUUUUUUUUCUUUCUGCCUCUCACAGGAUAAUUGAAGAAAAUGAAAAGAGAGAGAGAUGUACCUCACUUCCACUAACCUCUGUAUUUCUCCUGCUUUCCUUGUAAAGUCCUGCCAAAUAAAUAUAUUUAAUAAGUUAUGUAAGUUAUAUAACAGCGAGUUCACUUGUUCUCCCUCGUGGCAUUGCUCAAUAGUUCAUACAUUCAAAGCUUGGAGUCAGAAACUCAAAGUUUGUUUAUGUUAAAGCUCGGUGUGACAAUAAAGCUUUUUCAAUGUGCUCUUA